AUGAAUACUACUUCUUCUAAUCACUUACCAAUUAAUAUACAAUAUAAUAUAAUUAGAUUAAUAUGGAGAUGUUCAACAGUAUCAUUUAAAUCAAGGUUAACAUUGGGAUUAGUUUGUAGACAAUGGUUCGAGUUGGUGUGUAGACUAGUUGGCAAGAUUAGAAUCAAUACAUCCAUCUUUUCAUCACCACAACAUAUAAUCAAUCAUCUAUCAAGUGACUAUUGUGUAUUAUCACCAAAACAAAGUCUCAUCUCUCAUGUAUCGAUUCAUUUCAAUGACCCAAAUGUUAUUAUAGACUCCAGAUUUUCAACCAUCUUGUCUCUUGUCAUCACCAAAUCAACAUGUCAUCUAAGUUUUGUAAAGUUACAUAGUGGUGAAAAUACAGAUAUCUAUUCUACCAUUGAAAUGAUGAAAUCUCUACUCAAUCAAAAUAUUAAUAAUAAUCAUAAUCUAUCUUCAUCCUCUUCAUCCUCUUCUUCUUUGGUUUCAAUGUCAUUUAAAUUUUAUUCAUUCUAUUUAAACAAUCAUUUGGAAAGUUAUAAAUCAAUAUUUGAAAUGUUGACCAUUACCAAUCUAUUACAAGAGAUUAAAUCGUAUUCAUUGUAUAUUGCAUCGCUGCAUUUUGAUACACAAUCAUUUCUUCAAUUACUACGUGCAUCAGAGUCGCUUUCAAGUCUACGUCUCUACUUUUCACACGUGCAUAUGACCAACCCAGAGUUUCUAUCGUUUUUUGGUGCUCUGGCAAGUGGAUUUGGAAAGUAUAUAACAUCGUUACAAAUAAGAGGUGGUGGAGUGGCAGCACCUAUCGAAGCAAUCCCUCAUUUCUCAAAAUUAACAAAUAUUCAAAAAUUAAAAUUACUAGACCUAGUAAAUAAUAAUAAUAUUAAUAAUAUUAAUAAUAGUAAUAAUAAUAAUAAUAAUAUAAAUAGUAAUGGUAGUAUUGGUGGCGGCGGUGGUGGUAAUUUGAACAUGAGCGGAUCAACAACAUCAACCUUUUUAUUAGAGACCGAUCCAUUUUCAACACUUUUAGCAAGUAGUUUAAAUUGUAUCCAAAGAUUGGAGCUAAAAAAGUCGGUAGAUGAAAUACAAUUGAUACAAAUUGCAUCAAUGCCAAAUUUAUCAAGUUUAUCUAUAUCGUUACCACCAAUGAUUAAAUUACCUUCAACCAUAUCAUUUCAAUUAUCAAGUAGGACUAAACAUGUACAAAUUACAAAUCUUGGUGGACCAGAUACAUUUUCACAAUUUUUAAUAUCCAAUCCUCACAUUGAACGACUUGAACUAGGUCCAUUCAUUACCAAAGAGGAAAUACUUCAUCUAUCUUAUUAUCUGCUCAGUACAAAGAGUUUAACUAGUUUAUCACUCUUUUCAGAUAAAAGUACAGGAGAGUCUGGAUUGGCCAAUGCCAAUACAUCGCUCACCACUACCCACCAAAUCAAUCAAACUUGUACCGACUCUUCCAUUAAAUUUUUCGAAUUUGCAAUGUCUACCAAUCGUACACUCACCCACAUCCACACACCACUUCGAUCGGAUUUCUACCUCAAAGCCGUCCUAAGUCUAAUCAAUCGUCCCAAUAUUGUACCACGUAUCUAUACCUUUGAAAUCCUAUCCGAAAAAUUAAUAGAAUCUUUAAAAUAUCCAUUCUAUGAAUAUCAAAUGGUGGUAGUGCCAACGACCCAUCCAACCACCGCCCAAUCACACUCCUCUCUAGAUUGUCCAAUGCCAUUGAACCAAGCAUUGACCCAAACCACUCCUUGUACCAACUUUCAGAUACACAAUUCGGGUUCCGCCCACACCGUUCUACUGACCACGCCUAAUCAAUCAUUCUCAAUAGCAACUCCACCAAAAGCCUCUCCAUAUAGCAUAAAUAGAUAUCAAGAAAGCCUUUGA